UUUUACUUCCCGCUUUUGUCGUGCAUAAACACUGGGGGAUCAUCUAGUGUUAUUAAGUAGAUAUCUUCUUUUCUUACGACACAUGACUAGCAGAAAAAUUUCCCUGAGCUAAUUCUCAAAUUAAAAUGUGAAGCAGCUAUGGCUGUGAAUUCUUCUAUGGGUGGUUGUGAGAGGUUCCUCUAUGAAGCAUGCCAUCCAAUACACAGUGUUUCCUGUGUGGAAAGAGAUGGACUCCACUCCAGUUUUCUCUCAUAGUUCUGAUAUGUUUAGUUUUGUUCAAUGAGUAUUUCAUCUACGUCUUUCAAACCAUGAGAUGGCCAGCCAUGCCAGACGUGAACAGGGAAGAUGGCUCAUCAGUUGUUAUUUUGCUGGUAGCCGACCCCCAGAUACAGGGGUACCAGACAGAAGGAGUUUGGAUAGGACCUUACGCCAGAUGGGAUGCUGAUAGUUACCUCAAAAAGACAUUUUCCUUUGCUGCGGCUCAUGCGAAGCCAGACGUUGUGAUAUUUUUGGGCGACCUGAUGGACGAAGGAAGUCGGGCCACUCACGAUGAAUACAGAGAUACCUAUUACAGAUUUCAUAACAUUUUCUCAAACUUCCCAAGUGCCAAGAGAAUCUACAUUCCAGGAGAUAAUGAUGUAGGAGGGGAAUUCAGGGACUUUCGCACACCAGAGAAAGUUGACAGAUUUGUCAAACAUUUUGAACAAGUUGAUGGCAUUGUUCAACAUAAGUUCAUAGAUUUUAUUAAGAUUGACACCCGACUACAGAAUACGGAGUUCCAAGAAAAGGAGCAGCUGUUCAGACAUUACAGGAAGUCAGUGAACUCACCCAUCCAUGUUGUCAUCAACCACGAGAGUCUGUUACCCUUACAGUUCAAGUCACCUAUCUACCCUAUUUUAUCCAUGGUUAGUGGCAAACUCAUCUUCUCAGCUCACUGGCACAAGCCAGUUGCUUAUAUUUGCGAUGACUGCAUGAGAAAUGAUGAUUAUUCCUGGUCAGUUCACCAGCGAGACUUGACCCACAUGCAUGGCUUCAUGUUUGAGAACAUUACCCGCAGUGCGGAUUGCCUGACAGAGAUAAUGGUCCCCACCUGUAGUUACAGAAUGGGGGAACCGAACAUGGGAUACGGGGUGGCCGUCUUAGAUGCAAAAGGAGGUCUUCAUUAUGGCAUUUUAUGGAAUCCCAACCGAUACCGAGUCCUGUAUAGCUAUCUAGUGGUCACCCUUCUAGUCGUCUUUGUAAACUUAAUCCUCUACUUUUGUCCCUGCCUGUGUAAAUGUUGCUGUGGACGGCGGACUCAUUACUAUAGGAUUUCAAUAAAGGAUGGGAUAAAGACUUUGAAAAAAUUGUGAUUUUCCUAAAAGAAUGAAUUUGUAAACUUUUAUCCUAAUUUAAUUAAUGCCUAAUAUCUUGUAAUACAUGUACUGUGGAAUCAUCAUUGUUCUUAGGGGGGCCAGUGUUCUUGGAUUUCAUGGGUCAUCACCCUUCCCCUUGAGUUUAUAUCCUGACAAAUGUUUAUAAAGUGAACAUAAUAAUUCAUUGAAUCUACCACAUAAACAAGUUACCCACAAAAUAAUGUCCCCAGCAAAAAUAAAAAUAUUGCUUCCCCAUGAACAUUGACAAAUUAAAAUGAUUCCACAGUAAUAAUUUUUUUUCUUUAACUUUUAAAACAUGUUCUUUUAAAUACUGAGAUAAAAAUAUAUAUGCUUUACUAGCUAUGUGUAUGUGUUAAAUGAAAUUCAUGUACAGUGGACCUUCAGAUAUCCGGACGCCAGAUAUCCGGAUGCUUCAGUAUCCAGACGAUUUUUCAUCGGAACGAAAUUUUUAAAUGUUAUUCUGUCUUGUUUAACUGGUGAUUCAGAUAUCCGGAUGCUUCACAUAUCCGGACAAAUUGACUGGGAACCAAAGCGUCCGGAUAAAUGAGGGUCCACUGUAUUCAAUAAUGCAUUUAUCCAAAUGUAAACCUGUCAUAAUCAUACUUUUACUUGGAGAUAAGUUAUAGAUGGUGUGCCAAUCAAGACAUACUAGUAUGUAAACUGUGAUAUAUACAUGUAACUAUAGAUGUAUUGAACCUGGAAGACCAGAAAAUAUUACAUGUCUAAAAGGAACUGGUUAUAAUUGUCUAUUCCAGUAAUAAUAUACAUUGUAUACUGUAUAUGUUUUAAAUUUUGCAAGUUUUUUGCUACAACUGAUAUUUUUGUUGUUGUUUCUAAUGGUAACAAAUUAGUGUUCCUUUUAAAUUUCCUUGGGGUUGAAGUAUUUACUUUUUUUUUAAAUUGUACAAAAGGGCAUUUCUACCAUUUCCUGAUUUAUUCCAUGUAUAUAUGUAAAUUUCUUGCAAAUUCAGGAAAGGAAUAUCUAAAAAGAUUUGGAUAAAGAUACAUAGCUACUAAGUGACGUCCCUUAAUAGGUUGUACAAAAUACAUGUAACACUUGUAUGUUGUAUCUGGUUCUGUAUGCA